AUGGCUGAUGACUGUUAUUCUACUCGACUUGACAUACCGCUGUCGACUGUUCUUAUAACAGGUGGUUCCAGUGGUAUUGGUUUUGGUCUCGCACGAUGUUUUGUGGAAGAAGGCGCGACAGUCAUUAUCACUGGUCGUCGCGAAGAACACCUAAAAUCAGCUGCGGAGGAAUUAAACCGUCUUGGGAAGAAACCAGUUCACUAUCGAAUAAAUGAUGUUGAAAGAAUUGAUGAACGAUUAGCUCUAUAUGAUUGGAUCGUCAGUGAACAUCCUGAAAUGAAUGUUUUAAUAAAUAACGCAGGUGUUCAACAGCGUCAUUCAUUUAUUCCAGAUGGAAACUUGACUGAAAAUAUCCCAUGGGAAGAGCGUGAAAAAGAAAUUCAAAUAAAUAUUUGCGCACCUAUGCAUUUAUCACAAUUGUUCAUAGCACAUUUUCGUCAAAUGAACACAACGACAGCUAUAAUGAAUGUUUCAUCAGGUUUAGCAUUCAUACCAUUAGCGAGCAUUCCAGUUUACAGUGCAACGAAAGCUGCUAUGCACUCGUUCACGAUGAGCCUCCGAUAUCAAUUGAUGAAUGAAGUGAAAAACCUUCAAGUGUACGAGAUCGUACCACCAGCUGUUCAAACAAAUCUCGGAGGUAGUCAUGCAUUUGGCGAACCACUCGAUAAGUACUGCCAAGCAACAUUUGAGCGGAUUAAAAAGGGUGAACAAGAAAUUGGAUAUGGUCGUUCUGAUCAAGCAAGAAAAAUGGCAUCACGUGAAGAGUCCGACAAGCAAUUUCUCACUUUAAAUGAGAAUAUCAAAAUCAUGUUCAAAAAUUUGAAGCCGUGA